GUCAAAAUUUCAAAUAUAACCUGAAAAAUGGCGAAGCAACUGCUCAAUGUAACAAAAAUAUUUCAAAAAUUAACUAUAAAUGCAAGAAGACCGGUUAUUUCGCCUUUACUAAAAUGGGAAGAUCAAACUACAAACAAUGCGGCUGUUAUUACAACAAACUCUACUCGAAAUACGAACUAUUUCAAAAAAUUGCCUGCCGAUAAAUUAUGGAAGGGUAUCACUUCGGUAAGUAAUGCUGGUAAAAAGCGAGGUAGAGGAAAAACCAUUUCCAAGAGGAAUAUUAAGGAUUUAAACAAGGGUCAAGUGAUUGGUGUUGGAAAAGCAAAUAUGGUAUGGCCGGGUUUGUCAGCUCCAAUAAUACGAGGCAAAGAGCUUGUUCAACAACAAAAACUACCAGAAGACCCAGAUAGGGAGCAAAAGCUAAUCGAAAUGAGAAAUGCGAUGGGUAUUUCUAAGCGACUCAAAUUAAGUCCCAUUGAGAGAGGCUGGACUGGAUCUAAAAUGCCAGGUCGGAGCAUUGGGCCUCCUGACCCAGUAGGAGAUGAAACAUUUGAUGAUUUUGAUACUAGAGUACUGGAAUUGAAGGUUGUGUGGAAUAUGAAAGGAAGUUUUGGAAGGACAAGAAGAAAUGCUGCCAUAGUAGUAACUGGAAAUAAGAAUGGUUUAGCCGGUUUUGCAAUGGGCAGGGCUCAGGAACCUGGAAAUGCACUGCGCAAAGCCAAAAAUAGAGCAGCACAAAAACUAGUACAUAUAAAACUAUUUAAAAAUCAUACAGUUUGUCAUCAUUUCUACACUCAGUUUGGCGCAACAAAAAUAUUCGUAUGGCAAAAACCGGAAGGACACGGCCUGAAAUGUCACAGGGCAAUUAAAACUAUCUGUGAAGUGAUUGGAAUUAAGGAUCUCUAUGCUAAAGUCGAGGGUUCCACAAAUGUGAACCAUGUGAUGAAAGCUUUCUUUUUGGGUCUUUCCAGACAGAAAUCUCCACAAGAAAUGGCGGAAGAUCAGGGUCUUCAUUUAGUCGAACUUUGCGAGGAGUCCUACAAGUUCCCGAAUGUGAUAGCUUCACCUUCGGUGUGCAAAAAAGAGUCGGAAACAAAGAGGGACGAAAGUUUCGAUUACGAUCAGUACUGUUUCGGUGGUAAAGUGGUACUAAAGAAGAAACCGCUACCCCCGUUUUAUAGUAGGUACGACUCGUAUCUGAAAUAUUUGGCCAAGUUUGACAAAAAGAAGAAUCAGAGAGAGGUGAAAAUGAAUAUGCUGACUGAACAUGGAGAAAUAAGGAGUUUUCUUACUGAUAAGUAUCCAGAGUGUAGGCAAUAUUAUAGACCUAAGAAAGAGGUUGAAGAAGAAGAAACCUGAUCAUAGAUAUCUUGGAAAUUUGUAAAUAUAUUAUAGUCUAAGAGCUAGCAACGUUUUCGAGAAAGUAUUUUAAGAAAGAUGGCUCUUUCAUACAUCUUUUGCUAUGCUCUCUAAAAAAAAUAUAGGAUCUUCUUUCGAUGCGCAACGUUUACCGGCAGCCGAACGGCCCGCACACUGUUCAAGAGAGCAUAGUAAAAGAUAUAUCAAAGAGCCAGAUUUCUUAAAAUACUUGUUUUCCCGACGUUGCUAGCUCUCGUACUAUAAGUUGUUAUAAUUUUUGUAAUAUAUCCUUUUAAGAUUUU